UAAUGCAGCAAGGCAAACAAGUGCAAAGGUGCUCMAGCGCACAGCCAUAUUGCAGAUUCACCUAAGGCGGGAUGCGGCAAAAACGAAACUAUCAUACGAAAAUCAUGUGACAAAGCGAAAACAUUACACCACCGGAAGUGCCAAAAAUUGGUGACCGGAAAUAGAAUUAUCUUAUGAGACUGCAACCCAAACAUUCAGCGGUAAUYAAAUAUGGCGGACGGAAAGCCAAGGUUUUACACUUUACGAAAACAUCGUAAAAAGUCCAUAUUUUUCGCUGUAGCUGGUUGUUGGUUAGCAAAUUAUGGAGUUGAUAGAUUUAGGGAAUAUUUGAUUAGAAGACAGUUAUGCGAAGAAGCAAAGGUUUUCUCACAAGAGACCACUCCAGCAUUACAGAAACCAAGAMGAUUUACAGCAUUCUUCAAUGCAACUGCGGGAAAUGGGGAUGCAGAGAAGCUGUUUAAAAAGAAUGCAGAGCCAAUUCUCCAUCUAGCUGGCUUAGAUGUUACUAUAAUUAAGACAGAUUAUGAAGGUCAAAUCAAAACUCUAUUACAAUACAUAGAUCCAUCAAUUGAUGGUAUCAUUGURGCAGGAGGUGAUGGAACACUUUUAGAAGCAGUAACUGGUUUGCUUAGACGAUCUGAUCAGGAGCAAGUUUCUAAAAUUCCAUUUGGAAUAAUCCCUGUAGGAACAAAAAAUAACUUUUUCCAAAGAAUCUUUGGCAAAAGUAAAGCUACACAAGCAAGGGAAAUUGGUCAAGCUGCCAURGCAAUAGUAAAAGGUGAAACAUGUCCAGCUGAUGUCAUAGAGAUUAAGGGACAAGAAGGAAAGCCUACUUUUGCUGUCAACAGCAUCAACUGGGGAGCAUUCAGAGAUGCAUCAGUAAACUACGACAAAUAUUGGUAUUGUGGUCCRUUCAGAAAGAAAAUGGCUUUUAUUGCUGCUACCCUCAAGGGAUGGCCACCCACUCAUCAAGCUAUGUUAAUGUACCCUAGACCUGACACACAUAGUUUGACAAGAAUAUCAAGUAAUGACAAUAGUGGAGGAUUACUAUCAUCACGGCUUACAUCACAUACCAUGGCAAGUGUAUCAGAUAACAGUCCUGUCAAUCAUUCUGAGAACAGUUAUGUCAAUGGCUGGGUGAAUAGUUCAGUUGAAACACUUGGUAUUUCAUUGCAACUKUCUAAAGACAAACAGGGAAGAGGAGUAGUCGAUAUCACUGUAUGGCCUUCAGUGUUACCAAAAUUGGAUUUCAUAAAGAGAGGUUGGAAAAUGCUAAAAGAUGAAUUUGAUAAUGAAGACUGCUGUGAUGCUUUUCAAGUACAAGAGAUUAAUCUGGAACCCAAGGAUCAAGAAGAGUCAUGGUUCAGUAUUGAUGGAGAACCCUUUGAUGCCAGACCAAUUCAAGUCAAAGUCCAACCAGACAAACUUAAAUUCUUUACUUUAAGAAAUGUAUAGUUCAUUAUUUAUGUUAAUUGAUUUUUAAAACAUUUCAUAGUAAAAAUACAUGUACACAUAAAUAAGAAUCAAAGUUUUGACUUCAUAAUUCAUCACUAAGUCUUGGCCCCUUUUUCCUCUUUUUCUUUUCUUCUUUUUUCUUUUGUUUUGAUGACAUAGUUCUUCUUGCUUUCUCCUUUUCAUAUUCCUAAAAAGAAUUAAGAUUCGCUAUCACCGUUGUUACUGCAUGACAAAAAUUGUUGGCUAUCAAUAGACUGACUUACAGCAUCUAAUUGAGCCUCCAGUUUGUAUGGGUUUACAUAAUUAUCAUCCUUUGGUACCAACUGCAGUUCUUGUGCAACCUUUAAACAUGAAUAACAUGGUAAUAAAACCAARUAUAAUUGAA